GGGAGCUCGCCGCCCCCCGGCUGAAGUCCGGUGCCGCCGCGCCGUGCCGCGCCGCGCCGCGCCGUGCCGGGGGUGCCGUCACUCGGCGCUUCCAGCAUGCUCCUAAGAUGGCGGUAGCGGCGGCGGGCGGUGGCGGCGGGGGCGGCCGGGCGCAGCGCAGCGGCUGGCUGGAAGUUUUGGUGCGGGAGCGCUGGCACAAAGUGCUGGCCAACUUGGGCGGCGAGGCGCUGGUGCUGAGCGGCGAGGAGCGCCCCGACGGCGCGGCCCAUAACGGCCUGGGCGGCGAUGCGGCGGCGUGCCGCGGGGCCGAGGGCGGCGGGGGGGCGGCGGCGGUGCGCACCGCCUUCACCGACCCCCCCGAGCAGGUGCCCGAGGCCGUCUCCAACAAGAAGCGGUGCGUGAAGGUGCUGAAGCAGGAGCUGGGCGGGCUGGGCAUCAGCAUCAAGGGGGGCAAGGAGAACAAGAUGCCCAUCCUCAUCAGCAAGAUCUUCAAGGGGCUGGCGGCCGACCAGACCCAGGCCCUCUACGUGGGCGAUGCCAUCCUGGCCGUCAACGGCACCGACCUGCGGGAUGCCACCCACGACGAGGCGGUGCAGGCGCUCAAGCGGGCCGGCAAGGAGGUGCUGCUGGAAGUGAAAUACAUGAGAGAAGCCACCCCCUAUGUGAAGAAGGGCUCUCCUGUUUCAGAAAUUGGGUGGGAGACGCCUCCCCCCGAAUCUCCCCGCUUGGGUUGCGCCUCUGCCGACCCCCUGUCGCAGCUUUCGCUCUCCAUCCACAGAGACAAGAAGACAAUACCGCUCAAGAUGUGCUAUGUGACGCGCAACAUGACGGUGUCAGACCCUGAAAACAGACUUAUUGAAGUUCAUUCACCUGAUGCCAAGCACACCGUGGUGCUCAGGAGUAAGGAUUCGGCUACAGCCCAGGCCUGGUUCAAUGCCAUCCACUCCAGUGUCAAUGAGCUCAUCCCCAGGGUGAUUGCAGAGGUCAGAGACCAGCUGGGUAAAACAGGGAUUGCUGGAAGUCGAGAGAUUAGGCAUCUAGGCUGGCUUGCAGAAAAGGUGCCAGGAGACAAUGAGAAGCACUGGAAGCCAGUGUUAGUGGUCUUGACAGAGAAAGACCUCUUAAUAUAUGAGAGCAUGCCACGGAUGAAAGAAGCUUGGUUCAGCCCUCUGCAUACCUACCCCCUGCUAGCCACCAGGUUGGUCCAUUCUGGCCCAGGAAAAGGCUCACCUCAGUCAGGGGUGGAUUUGUCUUUUGCAACCCGUACCGGUACAAGGCAAGGGAUUGAAACCCAUCUGUUCAGGACAGAGACUAGCCGAGACCUCUCACUGUGGACGAGGAGCGUAGUACAGGGCUGCCACAAUUCUGCGGAGCUCAUCACGGAAAUCACCACAUCUUGCACAUAUAAAAGCCAGGAGUGCCGUUUGACCAUCCAUUAUGAACAUGGAUUCUCUCUUACAACUGAACCGCAAGAUGGUGCCUUCUCUAAGACAAUUGCACAAUAUCCCUACGAAAAACUGAAAAUGUCCUCAGAUGAUGGGAUAAGAAUGCUUUAUUUAGACUUUGGAGGAAAGGAUGGAGAAAUUCAACUGGACCUUCAUUCCUGUCCAAAACCAAUUGUGUUCAUCAUUCAUUCCUUCCUGUCAGCAAAGAUUACAAGACUUGGCUUGGUGGCAUAAGCAGGAUACAUCUGUUUCUUCAAAGAAGGACAAAGCGACCAUGCUAAUCUGAAGUACAGUGAACAGCAGCAGCCCAUACCAGCUAGCAGCGUACACCAGCUUGGGGUUCAGUACUGGGCGUUGGUCAUUUCUGCAGUCUUCCAAGGCCCAGGUUUCAUUUUGGUCAGCUAAAGAGGUGACAUGACAAGGAAAACAGUGGAUUUCAUUGUAAAUAACGGGAUUUUAAAAUCCCAUGCGACAGUAAAAGCGUGUAGUACCAUACAUGUAAAUGUUUCAGAAUCAUAAAUUGUGCCUAUUUCAAUGUACUUGUUUAUAUAGAAUAAGUAAAGGGCUAAGCAGACAAGAGUGGGUGUUGGUUGUGAUGCAAGCUUAAAGUUGUUUGAGUAGAGGUUCUCCAAACAAGAUUGUCCCACCACCCAAACGUAAAAUAUUUUUUCUGUUCUAACCUGUGCACCGCUUACAGAAGAUUUUUCUCUUGGAGCGCUGUCAGAACCUCUUGCUUGAAUACCCAGCAGAGCAUGCCAAUACGCACCUUUGAGUCAGAUGCUCUAAAGCAAUAGAGCUGUGGUCAGUGAACAGCCGGAGGGUCCCUGCCGAGGGGCACUUUCAAGUUAAACGACGAAGACAUCUUGUGUACAUUCCUAGCGAUGGACCCAAAGCAAGACUAGCUAUAGCGAUGUAUUGGGAGCCGGCUGUCAGUGGGGCGUAGGUAGGAGUGUCCUUUGUUAAUGAACGCACAGGAUGUAUUUUUACAGUGACUUCCCAGAACGGCUUAAUGAGUUUCAGCUACCCAGGAUCCCCAGCUCAGGUGAAAGUUACCUAAAUCCAUGCUGAAGCAUGUCCUAAGCUUGUGCGAGCACAUUUCCACAGUGGUUUUCCAACAGAAAGCCGUGCUGAGCUUCCUGUCCUCCUACCCCUACUGUGUCACCCCCUCAACUCUGACGAGGCUGGUUGUGUGGUCUUCAUAGAAGAACAAAUGUGGGGAAGGAGGAAGACUUGAUUUUUUUGAGACUUUUCUAGAUUAGAUCAGAGAAGUUAUUCAAGAAGCUCCACAACAGCGAGGAAACACACCAGGGCAGGAACACGAGCUGCGCUGCCAGAAAAGCCUUAAUACGGAACUGCUCCUGUGAGCAUGCUUGGCAAGUUCAGCUUUAUUCCUUCCUGGUGAAACGCAAGACGUUCACCUCCGUACCCGUAACUUACUAGUUCCUGUUUUGCAGCACAGCUUACUGUUUUAAGUCAAAACAUGCGAAUCACUGAGUUUCAGCCUUGUUCACAGUUACACUGGGUGCAAAGCAGGCAGGAACACUGACCUUCAUCAUCAGAGAUGAUGCACACAGCUUGCACCUGGAACUACUAAAUUGUCUUAAUGUGGUCAGGUGGGAACAGGGAACUACUAAAUUGGCUUAAUGUGGUCAGGUGGGAACAGGGAACUACUAAAUUGGCUUAACGUGGUCAGCUUGGGAAGCAGAACAGAGAUGGCAUUUAUGUUGCUCUUACUUUGCAAACAGAACUGCUUCAUAUAGGGGUGAGAUUUUGUUUGCUUUUAGAGUUUUGCCCUCAAUUCAUACUUUGAAGGACAGGAACUGUACAGGAAGUAAUAAAUCCAAAGUUUGUGGAAGUUCACUUGUCAUAUUACAACAUUUUUAUUCUUGAGAAAGCACAUUAAGUUUCAACUUAGCAUCACUUGGCUGGCAAAGAGGAAAAUUAAAAACACAGUUUGGUUCCAUGUUGCUUUUAAGCUAAGUCUUGAAAGUUAAGUGUAAGUCAUGCUGUUUAUUCACAGUAUAGGAAUUAAUUUGUGGUGGUUUCCAUAGCUAUCUUAAUCAUCAAAACUAAUUAAAAAAUUAAGAUGAUGGGCUGAAUCCACAAAUACAGAAAAUGAUCAUUGAAGAACAACAGCUAAAUCGCCAUUUGGAAGAGCAGCCCCACUCCCAGAACCUCCCACCAGUCAAAAGCAAGCCUGAGAGGGGAUUCACCCAGCUGUGAACUUUGUUUUUUCUGUCACGGUACUUGCACUUAAAAAUUAAUUCCUCGUGUAAAUUCACAAGGUAGGAGAUAACAUGUUGCAUAACUCUCCAAUAAUUUCCAAAUGGACUUUUCUCAUUUAGCAACCACUGCCGUUCACUUAACUUUCUGUGGCGGUUACUUGGGUGUCCUUUGGCUUGGAAGCUUCUAGGAGAACGUCUUCUGAGAAGCUGAGAGCAGUCGGUACGCUGGGGGGACUGGGGCUUUGAGUACGGACUCACAUCACAUCGUCAAGUAAACAGUUGUGUGAAGUUUUUAAAAAGCAAUUCAGGACAUUUUUAUUGCUGUUCCAAAGUAUAACUUAAAAAUUUGGACACAGGCUCCUAUAAAAGUUCAGAGGUUGAAGUGAAAACUUGCAUACAGUGGGGUAGGUUAAAUACAUAUGUAAACUAUACUGCACUAUUUCCUUGUUCCUUUAACACUUACAAAUCACUGGAAUGUUAUACCUAACAUGUAUGUGCAUUGUAAAUAUUACAAAUUCCUAUAUUAGUACCAACAAUUAAAUGACACAAUAUGUAAUCUAAGGUGCUCAGUACUAUAUGAAGUAUAAAUGAAUAACUAAACAGUUUGCAAAGAAAAUUCAUAUUAUAUAUAUUUAUAGAAAAAAUAAUGAUAAUUACAGAUGCUAUUUCUUCAUUUUCAGAUUUUGGACUGAUUCAUAUUUGGAUGGGAUAGACAAAUGAAAUAUGAACCUACUCCACAUUUAUAAGAGUAUAGUGAAUAUUUAUAUUUUAGAGGAAAAGAAUAUAUUUAAUAAAGUCAUUUAUUGGAUUUUUGUGAGGUGAGGUUACUUUGUACCCAAACAAGCUGUUGCAAAGGCUGUCCUUUGGUUUUGGGCUGGGGAAAAUUACACUUUAAACCUCAGUCAUUCUGUUAAAAAUUCAGUUACUUGAGAGAAUUAUUCAUCGUAUUGAUGGAAUGACUUUUAAAAAAUUAAAAUAAAAAAGUAUUAAUGUACUGUCAA